UUUCCAUACUAUUAGAGUCCAAAUACUAAUAAAUUAGUGAUUAGUGAUUGAUUUGCUGCUAAAGAAGUUAUCCAGUCAAGAAUCAAUCGACUCUGCCACCCUGAAAUCGAGCCGCUUCCAUUCAAUUCGAGGAUGAGGCAGGGAGAUUCAGAGGAAGAGGAUACCGCCCCUGGGUCAAAUCCGGAUGGACAUUGCGCUAUUGGUGGUCUCAGUGCAAGGGGGGUCAACCAGUUCGAUUCAUUCGAUGUUGAAACCGCCCGUGAAGGUUUGACCGAGGGGACAGUUAGUUUGGAAAUGAUAAUGAAGCUAGCGGUUCAGAGCAUCGGAGUAGUGUACGGCGACAUCGGGACAUCACCGCUCUACGCCCUGCCAGGAAUCUUCCCAGAUGGGAUCAAGGACGAUGAGGACAUCCUGGGAGCAAUGUCUCUCAUUUUUUACUCCAUUGUCAUCAUCUUCAUGCUGAAGUAUGUGUUUAUUGUUCUGUCCGCGAAUGAUCAUGGAGAUGGCGGAACAUUCGCGUUGUACUCUCUGAUAUGCCGGCACUCUAAGAGCAGCCUGAUCCCAAAUCAACAGGCGGAGGAUCAAGAAAUCUCCAACUACCAUUUGCAGCUACCGAGUCGCCGCCUCAAAAUGGCCUCCAUGCUCAAGUCGUGGCUCGAGAGCAGCAUAAAUGCCAAGUACUUCCUCCUGUUGACCACUAUGCUCGGCACCUCCAUGGUCCUCGGGGACGGAAUUUUAACACCUUGCAUUUCAGUAUUGUCGGCUGUUGGAGGUAUAAAGGUGGCGGUUAGUUCCAUGACGGACGACACAAUCAUGUGGAUAUCGGUCGUGAUACUGGUUAUCCUCUUCUUGGUCCAACAGUUCGGGACUCAUAGGAUUGGGUACAGUUUUGCCCCAAUCCUCAUGCUGUGGUUCCUUAGCAUUGCUUUGAUCGGCAUCUUCAACUUCGUGAAGUAUGAUCCGACAGUAAUCAAAGCUCUGAAUCCCACGUACAUCGUAACAUAUUUCCAGAGGAACCAUAAGGAGGCAUGGAUCUCUCUUGGUGGUGUCAUUCUUUGCCUCACAGGUUCAGAAGCACUGUUCGCCGAUCUCGGCCAUUUUCACAUCCAUUCUAUUCAGAUAAGCUCGUGUGGGGUAGUUUUCCCUGCCAUCAUGCUCGCCUACUUCGGUCAAGCUUCAUAUCUCCGUAAGCAUGCUGAAAAUGUCACCACCGUGUUCUACAGCUCUAUCCCAAAACCGGUGUACUGGCCUAUGUUUGUUGUGGCAGUGUUGGCUGCAAUUAUCGCCAGUCAGGCUCUGAUCUCCGCCGCAUUUCAGAUUGUAAAGCAAUCGAUGGCUCUUGGUUGUUUUCCCCGGGUCAAGGUCGUCCACACCUCGGCUAAGCUCGAGGGCCAGAUCUACAUCCCAGAGAUUAAUGCCUUCCUGAUGUUGGCCUGUGUCGGAGUCACCCUCAGUUUCAAGAACACUUUGCAGAUCGGAAAUGCUUACGGGAUUGCGGUUGGAACUGUCUUUGUGAUCACAUCGAUCUUUCUCGUUAUCGUGAUGGUCAUGAUAUGGAAGACCAACAUCAUUUUUGUGAUAAUCUAUAUUCUGACGAUUGGGGUGAUUGAGCUCGUGUUUCUGAGUGCCGUCCUCUACAAGUUUGUCGAUGGAGGGUACCUUCCCUUGAUCUUUUCUUUUAUUAUGGUGUGCAUCAUGUUCGUAUGGCUCUACGGGUACCGUAAGAAGUACAACUACGAGCUCAUCAACAAGGUCUCGGCCAAUGAGCUCAUCAAGAUGGCUUCGAGCACGAACAUUAGGCGGGUCCCGGGGAUCGCCCUGUUCUAUUCAGAGCUCGUCCAAGGCAUCACUCCAAUGUUCACCCACUACAUAGUGAACGUGCCCGUGCUUCACUCCAUCCUCGUAUUCGUGUCGAUAAAGUGUCUCACUUUAAGCCAUGUCCGCCUUCAAGAGCGGUUCGUCUUCAUUCAACUGGAGCCACGCUAUCUUGCCAUAUAUCGGUGUGUGGUGAGGUAUGGGUACAGGGAUGCGAGGAUGGAGCAUGAGGUGUUCGAGGGGAUGAUGGUGAGCCAGCUCAAGGAGUUCAUUCGAAACCAUCAACUCAACUGCAACAGGAUCGAAUCUGCCGAACAGGAGGGUCCACUGACAGGCGAGGAAUUAGUGGAUGAUGCGCUGAAGAACGGCGGCAUCACUUACCUGAUGGCCGAGAGCGAUGUGGUGGCUCCGAAGGGGUCGAGGCUGCUAGAACGGGUGAUGAUCAAUUAUUUGUUCUCAUGGUUGAAGAGCUUCGUUCGAAAGCAGGACCAAAUUUUCAAUAUCCCACGCAAGCGCCUCCUCAAGGUCGGGACCUCAUAUGAGAUUAUCGAUUAAUUGAAUUUUAGAAGAUCAUAUCAGCUUUUUCAGGAUCAUAAAGGAAGCUCAUAGAUAUAAUAUACAAGGAUAUGAAAUAAACAAAAAUAAGCGAAAUAAGAAAGUACACAAGUCCCAUCGAUCUCUUAGUUCCGAGUCGACGCCUUCCUUUUCACUUAGACUUCCUCGAUUGUACGAGCUUAUUUAGUAUGAUAUGAUGUAAUAGUUGGAACUUGCUAUAGUUAGUAUAGUUCGUUGGGAAUUUGGAAGUGUAUCUUUCAAAAAGAUUACGUUUUUACAAAUUUAUUAUCAAUAAGAUUGUGA